CAAUUAUCCAUAUCACCUACACUUCAGCCCACCUUCUGCCCCUUUGUGACAUCAGCGAAAUCAAUUCCUUCGAUCUACAAGCGCCACUCUCAUCCGAUCCACACCGGCAGAGAUUUUAUACCCGCUUCCAUGGAUACCCCGCCAGUCUCUUCAUGGCUAAUUACAUAAACGGAUCUCAUAUACGACUGAAGCAGUUCUACUAUCUACAACAGAAAGACGCAAAGUUACCGAAGACCUUCCCUCUGUUCAGUAGCAAAAUCUCCAGAUUGGUUUAUGUACUCCGUAUUAGAUGGUUGUGUUCCAGCUGGUGUCCAUCUUAAAAAACGGGGGGGAGGGAAGAGCAGUAGCAAUUAAAGAUGCCGCUUUAUGACUGCAUGCUUUUGUUUAAACCGCAUAUGAAGGCUGAGGCGCUGACGGAUUUGGUUAUUAAGGUGGGGAAGCAUGUUUAUGGUAGAAAUGGAGUCCUCACAGAAAUAAAAUCUCUCGGAACUGUCCAGCUCGGCUAUGGCAUUAAGAAGCUUGAUGGGAGGUAUUAUCAGGGGAAGAUGAUGCAAAUGACGAUGAUGACACCGCCUAAUUUCAACAAUGAGUUGCAUUACCUGAACAAGGAAGACCGUUUACUUCGGUGGCUGUUGGUUAAGAAUCGUGGAGACCUGCAGCUUGAUUCUUCCGAUAACUAUGUACCUUUGCGUACCCAGGUGCACCAAGAGUUUAGGGGUGAUGAGAAAGAAGACAGUAGUGAUGAAGACACUGAGAACUAAAAAAAAUAAAAAGCAGCUUUGCGGCUGGCCAUAGCUGCUUUUAACUUGAACUGAGGUUGAGGUAUCUGCCCCCUUUUUGUUAUUUAUGUUCUGAAAUGUGAAAUGGAUAGUCCCCCAUGUUAGUAGUAUGAACCAAGAAAAUUCUCUGAUUUAUCUAGUGUACAACAAUGGCUCUGAUCAUCUAUGAUGGUACAUCGGUAUCCCCCCCCCUACGGGACCACUUAGCGUUGAUUUAAAUUCAAUGUGAUGCUUAUAAUUUCUCAGUAGUAAUUUAUUUCAAAGUUGAUAAAUUUUCUGUA